AGAGAUGCCUGCACACAGUCCCUCCUCUCCCCCUCCUCUCAUUAUCUCCCUCCCUCCUCAGGUCUCCCUCUCCGAUUCCACUUGCUUGAACUGUUUCACUGGGAGCAAUCAGCUGCGAAGAACAUAUCCAGGGAUGACAUCCAACUUCUUAUAAUCAGGAGACCCCAAGUGAGGACCCCUCACAGAGCACCCCCUGUGUUGCUUCCACCUGCCCAGGGAGGCUAACCCUGUAUCCCCAGGUGGAGGACACCUCUUCUUUCUUCUCAGGACACCCUGAUCCUAGCUUGCACCCUUCCCUGGCCAUCCCAGGACUUGGACCUUUUUCUCCUGACACUUUGGCUGUGGACUGUCUUUCUCUAAUGCAUGCCUGGUCGUUCUGGACACAGCCAUCCUGAAAACAUGACCUGUUGGCGGUACUUGGAGACUUACAAUUCUGCACUGGAGAUCUCCAUACCAGGUGGCAACCAUUGACUACAUGCAAAUUGACAGGUUGGAGGCCCCAUCGGGUAUUCAUCUUCCCCUUUGUAAGCACAACCAUUAGUGGACAAUGGUGUGGGUUUGUCUAAAGCGUAAUUCUUAUGCCCAUAAGCAUUUUAUGGUGAGUGCCACCGACUAUGCCACGCAGUCCCACUUCCAGUGAAGAUGAAAUGGCGCAGAGUUUUUCAGACUAUUCAAUGGAGUCAGAGUCAGACAGCUCAAAGGAGGAGACCAUCUAUGACACAAUCAGGGCUACGGCUGAGCGUCCAACUAGCAGGCUGGAGGAUAUUCAGACCAACACGAUGGUCGUCAGGAUUGCAAUCCCAGAUCUACAGCAAACGAAAUGUAUCCGGUUUAACCCCAAUGCCACAGUUUGGGUGGCGAAGCAGCGGAUCCUGUGCACACUCAAUCAGAGCCUGAAGGACGUCCUCAACUAUGGCCUUUACCAGCCUUUCAGUAACGGGAGAGACGGAAAGUUCCUGGACGAGGAGCGACUUCUGCGGGAAUACCCCCAGCCGAUGAGCAGGGGGGUGCCAUCAUUGGAGUUCCGUUAUAAGAAGAGGUUGUAUAAGCAGUCCAGCAUUGACGAGAAGCAGAUUGCCAAGCUGCACACAAAGGCUAAUUUACGAAAAUUUAUGGAUUACAUUCAGCAUUGUUCUGUGGAGAAAAUUUGCAAGAUGUUAGAUCGGGGACUGGAUCCGAAUUACCAUGAUCCAGAAAAUGGUGACACCCCUCUCACUUUGGCGGCACAGCUGGACAACUCUGUGGAUGUGAUAAAAGCUCUCCGGAAUGGCGGAGCUCACCUGGAUUUCAGGAGCAAGGACGGGAUGACUGCUCUGCACAAGGCAGCCCGAGCCAAAACCCAAACGCCCCUUGUGACCCUUCUGGAGUUGGGCGCUUCCCCUGACUACAAGGACAGCCGCGGUCUGACCCCCCUGUAUCACACAGCGAUGGUGGGUGGGGAUCCCUACUGCUGUGAGCUGCUGCUACAUGAACACGCUUCCGUUGGCUGCAAAGACGAGAACGGCUGGCACGAGAUUCACCAGGCGUGUCGAAAUGGCUAUUACCAGCACCUAGAGCACUUGUUGUUCUAUGGAGCCAAUAUGGGGGCGCAGAAUGCUUCCGGAAACACAGCGCUGCACAUCUGCUCUCUCUAUAAUCAGGAUAGCUGUGCCCGGGUGCUUCUGUUCAGAGGAGCAAACAAGGAGAUCAAGAACUACAACAGCCAGUCUCCAUUCCAGGUUGCUAUCAUUGCUGGAAAUUUUGAACUUGCCGAGUUUAUUAAAAACCACAAGGAAACCGAUAUUGUGCCGUUCAGGGAAGCGCCCAGCUACUCUAAUCGGAGAAGGGGGCUACAAAGCACCUUGGCGGCACCCAGAAUCCUCCUUCGUUCCAACAGCGACAACAACCUCAACGUAAACAAUAUCCCCGAGUGGUCGGCCGCCUCCACCUCUUUACACCGCAGCCUCUCACCACAGCUACUGCAACAGAUGCAGAAUAAUCCUAAUGGCACUGUAAAAACUAUUGGGAGCUAUUCCCAAGUACCACGCAGCCGCUCGCCAUCACUGAACCGCUUAGGAGAGGAUGCAAAGAGACAGCAGCACAGGCACAUCAGUCCUGGUGCCAACAAGGACGUGGCAUCUGCUGUGGAUUAUCAAGGCCCCAAGCGCAAGUUGUACAGCGCGCUACCCGGGAGGAAUUUUAUUGUGGUGAAACCUUAUCAGCCUCAAGGGGAAGGCGAGAUCCCCCUCCACAAGGGGGACAGGAUAAGAGUUUUAAGCAUUGGAGAAGGAGGAUUCUGGGAAGGGAAUGCCAGGGGCCAUGUUGGCUGGUUUCCCGCAGAAUGUGUGGAAGAGGUACAGCCCAAGCCCAGUGAAGGACGUCAAGAAACGCGCACAGACAGGACAAAAAAAUUGUUCCGUCACUAUACUGUUGGAUCUUACGACAGUUUUGAGGCUUCCAGUGACUGCAUUAUUGAAGAGAAGAGUGUGCUGCUACAGAAGAAGGAUAAUGAAGGCUUCGGAUUUGUACUGCGAGGGGCAAAAGCGGAUACGCCCAUCGAGGAGUUUAACCCAACACCAGCCUUCCCUGCUCUGCAAUACCUGGAAUCGGUGGAUGAGGAUGGGGUGGCUUGGCAGGCCGGCCUGAGAACCGGGGACUUCCUUAUAGAGGUCAACAAUGAGAACGUGGUGAAAGUUGGCCACAGACAAGUGGUUAACAUGAUCAGGCAAGGGGGCAACCAUCUUGUUCUCAAGGUUGUGACAGUGACCAGGAGUCUGGACCCAGAUGACACGGCCAGGAAGAAAGCCCCUCCACCACCAAAGCGGGCUCCCACCACUGCACUGUCCUUGCGGUCCAAAUCUAUGACCUCCGAACUGGAAGAAUUUGAUAAAACAGAGGACUCUACUCCAUUAUCUAAGCCUUUAAGACCAGUGGACAACGUGCCAGUAGAUUCCAGGGUGGCCACAAUUAAGCAACGCCCGACCGGUAGAUGCUUCACUCCUGCUACAGAAGCAAAUUCACUGUAUGAUAGGCAGGGUAUUGCUGUAAUGCCGCCCACUGUUCCAGGGAGCCCUCGUGGUCCAUUUCUGGGUAUACCUCGUGGCACUAUGCGAAGGCAAAAAUCAAUAGACAGCAGAAUCACCCUGUCAGGUAUAACUGAAGAAGAGAGGCAAUUUUUGGCUCCUCCAAUGUUAAAGUUUACUAGAAGUUUAUCCAUGCCGGAUGCAUCCGAAGACAUUCCUCCCCCUCCAGCCACUUUACCUCCUUCGCCUCCUCCACCUUCACCAUCACCAUUCAACUCACCUAAAUCACCAUCUCCACGAGGCUAUGGGACUAUCAAGCCAACGUUCAAUCAAUCUGCAGGAACAAAGUCUCCGUCACCAGCCGUACGGUCGGAUAAUGUGGGGACGAUCAUGAGAGACAAAGGCAUGUAUUACAGACAUGAGACAGACAGGUUUUCCUUAGACUCUGAAGAUAUUUAUAGUUCCAAAAUGUCAUCCCAGCAAAACUUUGUAAAGAAGCGAGGCCAAUUGCCAGAAAACCCUUACUCCGAAGUCGGGAAGUUGGGAAACAAAGCAGUUUAUGUGCCAGCAAAACCAGCUCGGAGGAAGGGGAUGCUUGUAAAACAGUCUAAUGUUGAGGACAGCCCAGAAAAGACUUGUUCCAUUCCAAUUCCAACCAUCAUCAUUAAAGAACCAUCAACUAGCAGCAGUGGAAAGAGCAGCCAGGGCAGUAGCAUGGAGACAGACCUUCAAACCUCAGAGCAGCAGGGGCAAUUACGGCCAGAUGACAGCCUUAACGUGAGCAGUCCAUUCGCGGCGGCUAUUGCUGGAGCAGUAAGGGACAGAGAGAAGAGGUUGGAGGCAAGGAGAAACUCCCCUGCCUUUCUGUCUACAGACCUAGGAGAUGAAAGUGUGGGUCCUGCACCAAGCCCUAGGUUGCGGCACUCCAAGUCCAUCGAUGAGGGAAUGUUCUGCAAUGAGGAGAGCUUUAAGCACUUUGCAGGUCCAACCUCGCUAAUUUUAAGCAGAGGAACUACAAAUGCGUUCAGUAACAAUGGAGAUCUAAACAAUAUAAGGCUAGGAAAGGGAAAAGGACACGAAAACAAUACAGUGAAAGGGAUUUCUGGAAAUUACAUGCAUCCGGUUACAGGGAAACUGCUAGAUCCUAAUUCUCCUUUGGCGCUGGCUUUAGCAGCUAGAGAUAGAGCUAUGAAAGAACAAGGUCAGCCCAGCCCUAGUCCCAUUGAAACAGACAAGUCUGAUCUAAACAAGCCGCUCUACAUUAAUACGAAACUAAGAACCAGUUCUGAAAGUUCAUAUCCUACGGCAGCAGCAGUCAGUACAAACCGGCAGAACCAGCGUGGGGUCCUAAAAAGACAGGAGACCGAGAACAAGCACGAAUCAGAAGCGGCCAAGGAGGAAAAACGCCACGAGGAGAAAAAGAACAUGUUGAUCAACAUCAUGGACACUUCCCAACAGAAGACAGCCGGGUUGCUCAUGGUUCAUACAGUAGACACCACCAAAGCCGAAGAUGUUCUUAAUGACCAUGAAGAUGUAGAACCAGAGGUCUUUCCAGAGAAUUCUAGUGCUCCAGCCUCAGAGUCUAAUGAAAAUGUAGAAGGUGCAUUACCCGCAACAAGUGACCCCGGCCCCCCUAUAAUCCCUAGCAAAGCCAUCGUGGCCGUCUGCUCUGUGGACGAGCCGGUUAUCCUACCAUUCCGCAUCCCUCCGCCACCUUUUGCCUCAAUAGAUGUGGAUGAGGACUUUAUCUUCACAGAGCCGCUGCCUCCUCCUCUCGAAUUUGCCAACAGUUUUGAUAUUCCAGAAGAUGCUUCUGCAAUUCCACCUGCUACCUUGGCAGACCUGUUGAUGCAGAGGAAGAAUGGCGCUCUCCAUCCGGCUUCAUUUAAUCGCAACGUUGCCUCUAACUCUUUAGAAAGUAAAAAGCCGCCUGAAACUCUGUCGAACUGCCUGCCUGCCUCAUUCAUGCCGCACCCCGAGAGCUUUGAUAAUGUCACAGACUCUGGGAUUGAGGAGGUGGACAGCCGCAGUGGCAGUGACCACCACUUAGAAACGACAAGCACUAUUUCCACUGUCUCCAGCAUAUCUACCUUAUCAUCAGAGGGUGGUGAAAACUUGGACACAUGUACAGUCUAUGCAGAUGGGCAAGCGUUUCUAGUGGACAAACCCCCAGUACCUCCAAAGCCAAAAGUGAAGCCCGUAAUCAACAAGAGCAAUGCCUUUUACAAGGACGCAGUCCUAGAAGAAAAUGUGGACACUUUUGUUAUCCCUCCUCCUGCUCCACCUCCUCCCCCGAUAGGAAUGCCAUCCAUCUUAUCCAAAGUUGGGCAACAAAGGACCUCCAAGUUAUGGGGUGAUGUCCCCGAGGUGAAAAGCCUAAUCAUGCCAAGUCCCAAAGCCAAUGUUAUUAGUGAAUUAAAUUCUAUUUUGCAACAGAUGAACAGAGAAAAGACCACAAAACCAGGGGGUGGACUAGAUUCACCAACUGGGAUGAAAACCGCAAGUUUCAGCACAAGGGGUACAGAAGCAUUGAGUACUGUCUCAGGUAACAGGAAUACCGCAGUCACUUUCACUGUCCGUCCUGGAGCAAACCAGCCAAUCACUCUACAGAACAGGACACCCGAGUUUGACAGUAGGAUUGUUGGGAUGAGACGAGCUCCGAGCCCGGUAGUAUCUCCUGCCGAAAUCAUCAGAGAUAUCAAGCCCGGUCCUCUGUCGGCUCCACCUGCCUCCAUUUCUGAUGUCUUCAUUCUACCAACCCAAGCCCCUUUGGGGGAUCUUUUUGGGAUGAGCAUGGGGAGAAGUAGGUCCCCCUCACCAUCAAUCUUACAACAGCCAAUCUCCAAUAAGCCUUUUUCAGCAAAGCCUGUCCACAUGUGGACUAAACAGGAUGUUGCCGACUGGCUGGAAAGUCUACACCUGGGCGAACACAAGGACAUGUUUAUGGACAACGAAAUAGAUGGAACCCACUUACCAAGCCUUCAGAAAGAAGAUUUGAUAGAUCUUGGCGUCACAAGAGUAGGACAUCGAAUGAACAUAGAACGGGCGCUAAAGCAGCUUUUGGACAGAUAGAAGUACCUUGUGUUGCCUCCUCAAGUUUCCUUUUCCCAUCAGCUAACGUUCCUUAACGGGGCAAUUAAAAUACUUAAAAAAGGAAAAAAACUAAUUUAAAUACCUUUCUUUACUGCAAGUUUAAAUAGUUGUACAGAUAAUUUAUAAGCACAAUAUUUUAAGGAGAUAAGUGGCUGGUCUACUGGGCAGCCUUUGUGCAACCUUAGUUGUAGAAAGAAAAAUGGAAAAAAAAUAAAACUUUUGUGAUUUAAUAAUACUAUAAUACUAUUUCUGUGGAAUAAUUAUUUGGAGAAAAAAACAAAACAUUAAUUCAAUCUUUUUAAGAAAAAUAAAAAUUAAAAAAAUAUCAGCCUCAUUUGAAUGCACCUGAACCAGCUGAGCUGUGUUGUAUUUUCUAUCUUUGUAGAACUUCUCCAUUGAAGAAUGGAUGCUUCUUCAGAUGUUGGUAUGGAUAAUGCAGCGGAUACUAAAUAAAUAGGAAAGUAUUUAAUUGAAACCCCCCCAAUGGAAAUAAGUCAUUUAGCCCUGAUCAGCCUCAGAGAGGUCUGCAGUGCUUGGCUGGGUGACCCGGGCCACUCUGAAACAGUUUAGGGUUUAGAACUUACGUGUUAUUCUUUUGCAGGUACGAAUUUGUAUCUAAGUAAAAAAUUUAUCAUUGUAAUAAAGAAAGAAAAAAUCAAGCAAAAA